AUGCGUGCAGGAGCUUGUGCAUUGCAACAGACCCUCUCAUUGGAGGCUGCUUCAGUCUUGAAGCACUCUCUUAGCCUGGCACGGCGGCGGGGCCACUCUCAGGUGACUCCUCUUCAUGUCGCUGCCACCUUGCUGAGCUCAAGAGUCAGUCUUCUCCGGCGGGCGUGCUUCAAAUCUCAGCCUCAUCAAGCUUCUCAUCCUCUUCAAUGCAGAGCCCUUGAGCUUUGCUUCAACGUGGCCCUCAACCGCCUUCCGGCCACUCCUGGUCCGCUCCUCCACGGCCAACCUUCGCUUUCGAAUGCACUGAUUGCUGCACUCAAAAGGGCACAGGCGCACCAGAGGAGGGGUUGUAUAGAGCAGCAACAACAGCAACCACUUAUAGCCAUUAAAGUAGAAUUGGAACAGCUUAUUUUGUCAAUCUUGGAUGACCCUAGUGUCAGCCGAGUUAUGAGAGAAGCUGGUUUCUCCAGCACUGCAGUGAAAACCAAUUUAGAGGACUCAUCAGUUUCUUCUGUUUUUCAGUGUUACAACACCUCUGGUGGAAUCUACUCGACACCAAGCUCUCCUCCAACUGAAACUCAUAGGGAACUCACCAACCCUACCAGUUUCUUGCAUUCACAUUUUCUUUCUUACUCUCCAGAGCAAAAUCCUCUUUUCUUUUCCCCACAAAAGAAACCUCUGAGCAACUAUUUCUCCGAUGCAUCCCUAUCUUCUUUGAAGGACGACGUGAAGGUUGUUCUUGAUGUUUUUCUAAGGAAGAAAAGGAGAAACGCAGUUAUAAUUGGUGAUUCUUUAUCCAUAACUGAAGGUCUUGUUUCAGAGAUAGUGAGUAAACUAGAGAGAGGAGAUAUUCCCGAGUAUAUGAAACCAGCCCACUUCAUCAAAUUCCAGUUUUCAUCAGUACCCCUCUGGCUUAUGAAGAGAGAAGAAGUGGAGAUGAAUAUUACAGACCUGAAAAGGAAGGUUGAAUCUGUAGCACCAGGUGGUGGUGUCAUUAUCUACACAGGUGAUUUAAAAUGGACUAUUGACACUGGUUCUGGUGAGAGGGAUCCUAAAAACGCCUCUGGUUAUAAUCCAGUUGAUGGUUUAGUUGAAGAGAUGGGAAAAUUGAUUUCUUGGUUCAACAAUUCAAGCAGAAGGGUUUGGUUAAUGGCUACUGCAAAUUAUCAGACCUAUAUGAAAUGCCAAAUGAAGCAACCCCCACUUGAUGUUCAGUGGGAUCUUCAACCAGUUUCUGUUCCAUCUGGUGGAUUAGGGUUGAGUCUCAAUGCUGCUACAAGUGUGAGAGAUUCAAAAAUUAGCUUCUCACAAAAUCCAUCAAUAGUAUCAGAAAAGGAGCCAUUCUCUGGAGGGGAAAACGACGUGCUCAAUUGUUGCCCUGAGUGUACCUCCAAUUAUGAAAAAGAAGUUGGCCUCAAUUGCCAGCAGAAAUCUUCUCUGCGCUCUAACUCUUGCGACAAUAAGAACACAGAAAAUGGUUCACCUCAAUUACCUUACUGGCUUAAACCACGCAGCAACGAUUCACCCGAGAAGGAUGAUUUGAUAGAAUCGAGGAGAAAAUGGAACAGAUUGUGCCAUAAUCUUCACCAAGGGAGGCCUAAUCAGCAUAACAUCAGUUCUAUUAUAAGCAAUCAGGGAUACCUUGGGAGGAAUUAUCCCUACAGUUUGUCAUAUCCAUGUUUUCCAAAUCAGAAUAGCAUCUUUACAGAGUCGAAAUUGGUGUCAUUUGUUGAUCCAAUCGUGAAGCCUAAUCCAAGCGUGAGUUCAUUCCCUCGUUUCAGAAGACAGCAAUCGUGCCAUAUCGAGUUUAGUUUUAGCAAUGGAAGUCCCAAACAUCAGUCAGUCGAACCAAAUUUGGAUUCUCUUAAGAGCACGGAUGGUAAGGAAGUUAAAAUCACCCUCGGCCUAGGGAAUUCCAUGUUUUCUGAUGCAGUCACAAAUGAGAGAACAGAAUUGUGUAAUGUGUUGCAAGAAAAUGUUCCUUGGCAAUCGGAAGUCAUUGCUUCCAUUGUAGGAACACUGACGGAUUCAAAAGCAGUCAAUGAAGAUACAUGGUUGUUUAUUCAGGGAAAUGACUCAAUAGGGAAGAGAAGACUAGCUCUUGGAAUAGCAAAAUCAAUGUUUGGAUCUUCUGACUUCCUAUUGUGCUUGAACACGAGAAAGAAUAUGAAUACACCGAAUCAGAACAUUGAAAUUCUCAAAAAGGCCCUGAGGAAUCAAGAAAAGAUUGUCAUUCUAGUUGAAGAUGUUGAUUAUGCUGAUACCGCGUUGGUUAAGUUUCUUGGUGAACAAUUUGAGGCACCGAAUAAGAAAGAGAAAGAUUCUAGUCACGUUGUUUUCAUCUUAACAGAGGGUGGUUCUCCGGGAUAUGAAAAUGCAGACUCUAUAAUUCAGAUGAAACUGGUUGUCAAAGAAUCCGUUUUCUCUUCAGGGAUGCCUAAUCUUAAUCACAAGCGUAAAGAGGAGUGGGAUUCACCUUACAGAACGAAGUGUCCUAGAAACACUGAAAUGGAAGUUACCUCUCCAGAGGAUCCAGAAAAUGAGAAAAGGGACUUCUAUAAGAGACAGUUAAUCUCCAACAUCCUCGACCUCAACAUCAAAGCCGAUGAGGAUGAAGAGAGGGAAGGAAAACCGGUGGGACAGUUUGGAACCAUUUCAAGUGACUGGACUCGUGAAACAACAACUGAUCAACAAAACCUGUCAAGCUUCCUAGAAAAGAUAAAAAACCGUCAUGUUUUUAACAUGAAUUCCGAUCAAGAUGAUCAAGCUAGAGAAAUGUUCUUGUCCAAAUUCAAGAGUUCUUUUCAAGAGACUUGUGGAAGUAAGAACAAAGGUGGUUUCUUCGUGGAGGAAAUGGUGUUGAAAGAAGUUUUGCAAGGGUGUGGCUUAUUCCUAAACAGCUUACUUGAACAAUGGCUAAAAGACAUUUUUCAAACAAGCUUGGUAAUGGAUGACAGUGCAAGUAAAGAGGGUGUUAGCAUUAGGCUCUGUUUAGGAGAAAAAGGAGAGGGUGGUUGUGCAAAGAAUGGAUUCAUGGGCACUUGUCUUCCUAAAAGGAUCCAGCUUUGUUUCAUAGGUUAA